CAGCCCGGGCUGGAGCCGAGCGCAGCCGCCGCCGCCAGAAGUUUGGGUUGAACCGGAGCUGCCGGGAGGAAACUUUUUUUCUUUAUUCCCCCUCCCUCCCGGGAGGAGGAGGAAGAAGAGAAGGAGGAGGAGGAGGAGGGGAAGCCACCGCUGCCGCUGGCGCCAACGCUAGUGGGCUCGGGGGUCGGCGCGGCCCGCAGUAGGGGCGCGGGCCUCGCCCCGCCAGGGGAGGCGCGCCCCGGGGGCGCCGAGGGGGGCGGCGAAGAGCGCCGGCUGCGGGUGCGGCGGCUGCGGCGCGUGGACCCCGCGGAGGGGAGGGCGCCCGCUCCGCUCUCGGCCCGGCUGCGAGGAGGAGGAGGCGGCGGCGGCGGCGGCGCAGGAGGAUGUACUUGGUGGCGGGGCGCAGGGGGCUGGCCGGCUGCGGGCACCUCCUGGUCUCGCUGCUGGGGCUGCUGCUGCUGCUGGCGCGCUCCGGCACCCGGGCUCUGGUCUGCCUGCCCUGCGACGAGUCUAAGUGCGAGGAGCCCAGGAGCUGCCCCGGGAGCAUCGUGCAGGGCGUCUGCGGCUGCUGCUACAUGUGCGCCCGCCAGAGGAACGAGAGCUGCGGCGGCGCCUACGGGCUCCACGGAGCCUGCGACCGGGGGCUGCGCUGUGUCAUCCGCCCCCCGCUCAAUGGCGACUCUAUCACCGAAUACGAAGUGGGCGUCUGUGAAGAUGAGAACUGGGAUGAUGAUCAGCUGCUGGGUUUUGAGCCAUGCAAUGAAAACCUUAUCUCUGGCUGCAAUAUAAUUAAUGGGAAAUGUGAAUGUGAUACCAUUCGGACCUGCAACAAUCCUUUUGAGUUUCCAAGGAAGGAUAUGUGCCUUUCAGCUUUAAAGAGGAUUGAAGAAGAGAAGCCAGAUUGCUCCAAGGCCCGCUGCGAAGUCCAGUUCUCUCCACGUUGUCCUGAAGAUUCCGUUCUGAUCGAGGGUUAUGCUCCUCCCGGGGAGUGCUGUCCCUUGCCCAGCCGCUGCGUGUGCGACCCUGCGGGCUGUCUGCGCAAAGUCUGCCAGCCGGGAUACCUGAACAUACUAGUGUCCAAAGCCUCAGGGAAGCCGGGAGAGUGCUGUGACCUCUAUGAGUGCAAACCAGUUUUCAGCGUGGACUGCAGCACUGUGGAAUGCCCCUCUGUCCAGCAGGCGGUGUGCCCCCUGGAUAGCUAUGAAACACAAGUCAGACUCACAGCGGAUGGGUGCUGUACUCUGCCGACAAGAUGCGAGUGUCUCUCUGGCUUAUGUGGUUUCCCCGUGUGUGAGGUGGGAUCCACUCCCCGCAUAGUCUCUCGUGGAGAUGGGACACCUGGAAAGUGCUGUGAUGUCUUUGAAUGUGUUAAUGAAACCAAGCCAGCCUGUGUGUUUAAUAACGUAGAGUACUAUGAUGGAGACAUGUUCCGAAUGGACAACUGCCGGUUCUGUCGAUGUCAAGGCGGUGUUUCCAUUUGCUUCACCGCCCAGUGUGGCCAGCUGAGCUGCGAGAGGUACUACGUGCCGGAAGGGGAGUGCUGCCCGGUGUGUGAAGACCCAGUGUACCCUUUUAAUAAUCCUGCCGGCUGCUAUGCCAAUGGUCAGAUACGUGCCCACGGAGAUCGGUGGCGGGAAGAUGACUGCACCUUCUGCCAGUGCAUCAACGGGGAACCUCACUGUGUGGCCACGGCCUGUGGACAGAGCUGCAUGCACCCCGUGAAAGUGCCUGGGGAGUGUUGCCCAGUGUGUGAAGAACCAACCUACAUCACAAUUGAUCCCCCUGCGUGUGGGGAGUUAUCCAACUGCACUCUGACAGAGAAGGACUGCAUUUAUGGUUUCAAGCUUGAUCACAAUGGCUGUCAAACGUGUCAGUGCAAAAACAGGGAAGAGCUGUGCUCAGGUCUCAAACAUGGCUGUACCUUGGACUGUCCCUUUGGCUUCCUGACUGACGCCCACAACUGUGAAAUCUGUCAGUGCCGCCCACGGCCCAAGAAGUGCAGACCCAUAAUCUGUGACAAGUAUUGUCCACUUGGAUACCUGAAGAAUAAGCACGGCUGUGACAUCUGUCGCUGUAAGAAAUGUCCAGAGCUCGCAUGCAGUAAAAUCUGCCCCUUGGGGUUCCAGCAGGACAGUCACGGCUGUCUUAUCUGCAAGUGCCGAGAGGUCCCUGCUUCAGCUGGGCCACCCGUCCUGUCAGGCACAUGUCUGUCCAUGGAUGGCCAUCAUCAUAAAAAUGAGGAAAGCUGGCAUGAUGGGUGCCGGGAAUGCUACUGUCACAAUGGACGGGAAAUGUGUGCCCUGAUCACCUGCCCGGUGCCUGCCUGUGGCAACCCCACCAUUCAUCCUGGACAGUGCUGCCCGUCAUGUGCAGAUGACUUUGUGGUGCAGAAGCCAGAGCUCAGCACUCCCUCCGUGUGCCACGCUCCUGGAGGAGAGUACUUUGUGGAAGGAGAAACUUGGAACAUCGACUCCUGUACACAGUGCACCUGUCACAGUGGCCGAGUGCUAUGUGAGACAGAGGUGUGUCCACCGCUGCUCUGCCAGAACCCCUCCCGGACCCAGGACUCCUGCUGCCCGCAGUGCACAGAUGAACCUCUUCGUCCUUCCUCAUCCCAUAAUGACAGCGUGCCUAGUUACUGCAAAAAUGAUGAAGGGGAUAUCUUCCUGGCAGCUGAGUCCUGGAAGCCUGAUGUUUGCACCAGCUGUGUGUGCAUGGAUAGCGUGAUUAGCUGUUUCUCUGAGUCUUGCCCUUCUGUAUCCUGUGAACGACCUGUCUUGAGAAAAGGCCAGUGCUGUCCCUACUGCAUAGAAGACACAGUUCCUAAGAAGGCGGUGUGCCACUUCAGUGGGAAGGCCUACGCCGAUGAGGAGCGGUGGGACAUUGACAGCUGCACACACUGCUACUGCCUGCAGGGCCAGACUCUCUGCUCUACCGUCAGCUGCCCCCCGCUGCCCUGUGUCGAGCCCAUCAACGUGGAAGGAAGUUGCUGCCCAAUGUGUCCAGAAAUGUAUGUCCCAGAGCCAACCAAUAUUCCUAUAGAGAAGACAAACCGUCACGGAGAGACUGAUCUGGAAGUUCCCUUGUGGCCCACGCCAGGUGAAAACGACAUUAUUCACCUCCCAAGAGAUAUGGGCCAUCUCCAGGUAAAUUAUGGUGACAACAACAGGCCGGACUCGACACAAGAUUCCUCACUGGACUCCAUUGCCUCCGUUGUGGUUCCCAUAAUAAUCUGCCUGUCGAUCCUGAUCGCGUUUCUUUUCAUCAAUCAGAAGAAACAGUGGAUACCACUGCUGUGCUGGUAUCGAACACCAACUAAGCCUUCAUCCUUAAACAACCAGCUGGUAUCUGUGGACUGCAAGAAGGGAACCAGAGUCCAAGCGGAGAGUUCCCAGAGAAUGCUAAGAAUUGCUGAACCCGAUGCAAGAUUUAGUGGCUUCUACAGCAUGCAAAAACAGAACCACCUACAGGCGGACAAUUUCUACCAGACAGUGUGAAGGAAGGCAACGUGGGUCGGGUUUUAAGACACAGAAAGCGGCUAAAUCUGCUCUUACAAGUAAACUAGAGUUUGUGCACUUGCUUAGUGGAUUGUAUUGGAUUGUGACUUGCUGUACAGCGCUAAGAACUCACUGGGAUGGGCUUUGUCUACAGCAGUGUGCAGAACAAGCAUUCCCACCUUUCCUCGAGAUAACUGACCAAGUGUUUUCUUAGAACCAAAGUUUUUAAAGUUACUAAGGUAUACUUGCUUGUAAUAUAGCUGUAGAGAUAUUUGGGGGUGGGGACAGUGAGUUUGGUUGGGGGCAAAGGGUGGGAGGGUGAUGUGGGGAGACAUCCAGUCAGAUGGAAGCUCAGUGGCCCCGAGGAGGUUUCUGCCUGUUUCUCUGGAGACUGCACUGGGUUGCCGCCAAGCUCGGGCCUGAAGGAGCAGGAAACAAGCCUUGCAUUCCAGCUGCCAUAGCCACCUUAGAACCAGCGGGCGAGCACCUCAGAACUCGUGAUAGCCAUCCCAGGUCAAAGCCACAAGUUUCUUUUCUAUACAGUCACAACCGCAGUAGGCAGUGAGGAGGCAAGGGGAAUGCAGUAGCAACAUUUCUCCAAAGCGGGUUAUUAAGGAUCUAUACAGUUAAUACUUUUUUUUGCUGCUUUUCAUUUCCUUCCAAGCUGAUCAGCCAGUUCCUAGUCGAGUCAGCACGUGAACGUGACGUCAGUCAUUUCUGGAUGUGAGCGCUGGAGCUUCUUACCCCGCAGGGCAGGAAGACAGAGGGGAGGACAGCAGGCAAUUCCAGGGGCUAUACUUCCUUGUUUGUUGUUGCUUUGUUCUGUUCUGUUGUUGGUUGUUCAUAGUUUUUGUUGAAGCUCUAGCUUAAAGAAGAAACUUUAAAAAAAAAAGACUGGGGAUUUUUUUUUUCUUUAUUAUAUACUGAUUUACAAAAUAGAAACUACUUCAUUUAAAUUGUGUAUUAUUCAAGCACCUUUGUUGAAGCUCAAGAAAAAAAAAUUAUGCCUCUUUAGCAAUUAUAGGAAUAUUUAUGUAACUAUGCUUCAAAAACAAAAGUAUUUGUGUGCGUGUGUAUAUAAUAUAUAUGCAUAUAUAUUUAUACACAUACAAUUUAUGUUUUCCUGUUGAAUGUAUUUUUACGAGAUUUUAACCAGAACAAAGGCAGAUAAAUAGGCAUUCCAUUUCAGUGCUUUUCAUCACUUACAAAAUUGUAGAGUAACACAAAAAUCUCAUUCUACCUGCAAUUUAAUUGGGAAAAAAAAAAUGUAUGCUUGUGUAAGAGUGAGUGUGUGUGUGUUAUACACACCUUGAGCAGCCAGCAUCCCAGCGGCUAUGGAGAGAGCAUUCCUUUUGAAAACCAUCUGCAUUUGGAUUUGCUGCUGCUUGGUUUUCAGUUGGCUUACCAGCCAGACAUGGAAGGCCGUUCUUGUCUACAUCACUAAUCAGCUCCUGGAUUUUUUUUCUUUUCAAACAACUGUUUGAAACAACUACUGGAAUAUUGUCCACAAUAAGCUGGAAGUUUGUUGUAGUUUGCCUCGAUUAUAACUGACUGUCUACUCUAGUGUUAACUUUUCAAACAGCUCUUAGCACUUUUAUAUUAAUGACCCAUUUGUGCAUUGAUUUUUCUUUUAAAAAUGCUUGUUGUGAAAGACACAGAUACCCAGUAUGCUUAAUGUGAAAAGAAAAUGUGUUCUGUUUUGUAAAGGAACUUUCAAGUAUUGUUGUAAAUACUUGGACAGAGGUUGCUGAACUUUAAAAAAAAUUAAUUUAUUAUUAUAAUGACCUAAUUUAUUAAUCUGAAGAGUAACCAUUUUUUUCUGUCUUAGAAUAUCAAAAAGAAAAAAAGAAAAGGUGUUCUAGCUGUUUGCAUCAAAGAAAAAAGAAAGGUUUAUUAUCAAGGGGCAAUAUUUUUAUCUAUUUCCAAAAUAAAUUUGUUAGUGAUAUGUUACCAAAAUAGAUUUACAUCAGCCUGAUUAGUAUAAAAUUUUGUUAACAAUUAAUCCAUUCCUAGCAUAAAAAAAAAUCUUUAUCCAAAAAAAUUGUAAAUGCUUGCUUUUUUUUUCAAUCAUGGCCAUAUUAUGAAAACACUAACAGGAUAUAGGACAAGGUGUAAAUUUUUUUGUUUUAAAGAUAUGAUUUAUCCUGAGUGCUGUUAUCUGUUACUUUUACUUUGGUUCCUGUUGUGCUCUUGUAAAAGAAAAACAAAUAUAAUUUCCUGAAAAAUAAAAUAGAUCUAUGGCACUUGGAGUGCACCGGA